CCCACCUCCUUCCAGCUCCCCUGUUCCCUCUCCUCUCUCUUCUUUGACGCCUCCAAAGCCUCCCUGUCUCUCUGCAACAACACAGCGCGUAGCACAGCGAGCAGCCACGCAGGAGGUGAGACCUUGCCAGCCAUUGUCGACAAUGGCGGAGCCCAAGUCGUCCAAGAGCAAGUCCAAGUCCAAGUCCAAGAGCAGCAGCAGCCACGACGCGGCGGCGUCCAAGAAGUCCAAGGCCAGCGCCGCCGCCGCGGCGGGCCCGGGGACCCUGGACGCGCUCUUCGCGCCGUGCGCGGACGUCAAGGGCCUCCGCUUCGGCGCGCAGCUCGUCACGCGCGCGCUCACCGUGCGCCGCGCGUCCCCGCUCGAGCUCCCGCACCUCCUCCGCGCCGCGCACUCCCCCGCCCCCGGCGCCGCGGCCGCGGCCACGGGGGACGCGCUGUCGUUCGCGCCGACGACGACGGCGUACAUCCCGACCAACUUCGCCAUCCUGGCGCACCACGCGUGGCACACCCUGACGCUGGGGCUGGGCACCAAGAACUCCAAGGCCGCCGUCUUCGUCUUCGAGUCCGCCGCCAUGAAGGCCGCCGCGGACGCCGCGUGGCCGGGCGUCGUCCCGCUCGGCGACGUCGGCCGCCGCCUCAUCCGCGCGGCGCCCGGCGCGCCCGAGAUGGCGCGGUUCAAGUUCCGCAAGGGCUGCGUCACCUUCUACGUCUACGCCGUCCGGACCGCCGGCACCCGCGGGUUCGCGCGCGCCGACGAGCUCAGGGCCGUCGUGGAGGCCGUCGCCAGGCUCAAGGACUUCCUGGACCACACCGCCAUGCUCGCGCUCCCGGGCCAGAGGAGCAUCGACGUCGCCGCCGCCGCGGUGGGCGUCGUGCAUUGACGCGCUUUGAUUUGCAGCUGUGGCGUUGUUACGAUUUACGAACUGUGAAUAGAAUCCUUCUGUUGCUUCUCUAGUUUUCUUCUUCUCGGUGUGUGCACUGAUUUCUGAAUGUGGCCAUUUCUUUCUUGGAUUGAGAUCGAUGUGCAAUUCCUUGAUUCCCCGAUGUGAAAUUGUUCACGGCAUUGACUAGAAGAUGCCACGAAAAUUUCACUGCUAAGAUGUUGAUAGAAACCAAGUUGGAGUUAGCAUUUUUCUCUUCAGGAUGGAGUGCGAGGUUGAUCCUUGGUCUUGUGUUUCAGUUAUAUAGAUAAUGAGUAUGCCAGUUUUCAUGCUGCGGUCAGCAAUGUAUCUCUAUUGCAUAAAGUUUGUCGAAAUUCAGUUCAUGAAUUAGAUUGUUCUUUCUUUUA